AUGUCGACAGCCGUGCCUACAUUUCUCUCGGAGCUCGCGCCCGCUGAGAUCCGCGGGACGACUGUGAGCUUGUUCCAGUUCGCAGUGUGCUUGGGCAUCAUGGUUUCUUACUGGAUUGGCUACGGCACGAACUUCAUCUCGGAAACCUCGUCCGUGUCCUGGCGUCUCCCUCUCGCCGUACAGUGCAUACCAGCUUUGAUGCUCAUGUUCGGUGUUUGGCUUGUACCAGAGUCUCCGCGUUACCUUGUAAGUAUCGGGAAGGAAGAGAGAGCACGACACGUUCUCGGAUACAUCCGACACUCGGAUCAAGACGACGAGCUCGUAAACGUAGAGUUCUUGGAGAUAAAGGCAGAAGCUCUGUUUGAGAGGGAAAUCAUAGCGGAGCGCUACCCGGCCCUCGUGAAUCGAGGCCUCUGGUCCGGCGUCGCGAUUGAGCUCCUGGAGAUCGCCACUCUCUUCAGCACUUGGGAUAACUUCAAGCGCACGGCAACUGGCGGUCUUACCAUGUUCUUUCAGCAAUGGACUGGGAUAGAUGCUAUUGUCAACUACGCCCCCACGAUCUUCACCUCAAUCGGUCUCACGAACAACACUACUUCGCUACUCGCGUCGGGUGUCAUCGGUUGCCUCUUCGUGGUCUCAGUGAUACCUGCCAUCCAGUUCAUUGACAAAAUCGGUCGGCGCCCGUUGAUGCUCACGGGAACAGCGGGCAUGAUGGUGUUCUUGAUCCUGGUCGCCGCUCUUGAUGCAAGUUUCGGUGACAACUGGGAUGCGCAUCGCGGGGCAUCUUGGUUCACCGCAGUUUGCAUCUGGCUCUACGUCGGAUGCUUUGGCUUCAGUUGGGGACCUACCAGCUGGUGCAUCAUCGCGGAGAUCUUUCCACUUUCAUUGCGCGGUCCUGGGGUUGCUCUAUCAGCCUCCUCCAACUGGAUGAACAACUUCAUCGUAUCGUAUACUGUGCCGAUAAUGCUCGAGAAUAUCACGUGGAAGACCUACAUCGUCUUCAUCUGCACUCUGGCUCUCGGUGGCCUCUGGACUCUCACGCUCCUCCCCGAGAGCAAUGGAAAGUCUUUGGAAGAGAUGGAUCUAGUCUUCCACUCGCGCACUGGUCACGCCGACGUUGAAAGGAUGGCUCGUAUAGCCCGCGAGCUGGGGAUUCACGAUUAUUCCGAGGAUGACGCGCUAAAAAAAGUAUGA